AUGCCUGCCAGCAAAGUCCUCGUCUACCUGCUCCGCCGCGACCUGAGAGUUUCCGACAAUCCUGUUUUCCAGCGUCUUACCUCGACUUCAGACCAUGGCUUUACUCACCUGCUUCCCGUCGUGGUCCUGCCACCCGACCAGGUAGAGACGUCUGGCUUCCUUCAGCCUGGUCAAACCUCUCCCUUUCCACCGGCCAAGAGCAAAGUCGGCAAGUUCUGGCGAUGUGGUCCUCAUCGGACCAAAUUCCUCGCCGAGGCUGUCUGGGAUCUCAAAGACACACUAUCUUCCCGCCACAGUGAUUUGAUUAUUCGCAUCGGACCCCCGGCUGACGUCGUCCGCGGUAUUAUCCAGCACCUCAAGUCGUCAGGCAAAGGUGCCGUUUCCGCUGUUUGGAUGACCGACGAUGUUCCCUUUGAAGAGAGACGGCAUCAGGCAGAGAUUUCUGCCAUAUGCGACAGCGCCAACGUCGACUUUACCCUCAUCCCAGACGAGAAAUACUACAUUGACGAUCGCGAUCUCGACAUUGCUACCCAAGAGCUCCCCGAUGUAUUCACAACCUACCGCAAAGCGCAGGAGCCACUACGCGAGAAACCUCGCGCCGUUUAUCCCAAUUACAAGGCUUCGCUGCCUCCGUUUCCACCAGCGACGUUAGUACCGCCGCAACCCGCGCCAUUCCAAAUACCCGAUAGCCUCGACGCUCUUCAAAAAUCUCUUGUGAAACCCCUCGUUUUCGACUUGCCAAAUGCUCCCGUCAAGCCGGAGGACGCUGAAACUGCCCAUCCUUUCCUCGGCGGCGAGCAGAACGCGAUGAAUCGUUUGCAGCACCUGAUUAAAUCAGGUGCCAUAUCGACCUAUUCUGAUACUCGUAAUGGUCUCCUCGGUGCCGAUUUUAGUACCAAGCUGUCCGCUUUUCUUGCCUUGGGUUGCCUGACUGCCAGACAGGUGCAUGGCGAAAUUGUCAAGUUUGAGGACGGCACCGAUGCGCAGUACCAAGACGCCGCCGGAUAUGGCGAGGGCGAGAACAAUGGAACCAAGGCGGUCCGCCUAGAGCUUCUGUGGCGCGACUACAUGCGUCUCUGCACCAAGAAAUUUGGCACAAAACUGUUUGGCGCCUCUGGAUUUCGAGAGGUCGACGGAUACUCCAAGAAGUGGAAGACAGGUAGCAGCGCCACGGCCAGCCCAGGCCAAGAUCCUUCGCCACAGAAAGUGUUCGAAAUGAUACAGCGAUUUUUGCAAGGCAAUACCGGGAUGGGUCUGAUCGACGCAUCGCAGCGGGAACUAUUUGCGACUGGUUACACAUCAAAUCGAGCGAGACAGAACGUCGCGAGCUUUUUCGCGAAACACUUGGAUAUCGACUGGCGCUACGGAGCGGAAUGGUACGAAUGUAUGUUGGUUGAUUACGACGUAUCAUCAAACUGGGCGAACUGGCAAUACGUUGCCGGUGUUGGCAACGACCCUCGUGGCGAUGCGCGCAUCUUUAACCCAGUGAAGCAAGCCUUUGAUUAUGACAAGCAAGGCGAUUAUGUGCGUACGUGGAUUCCCGAAGUACGAGAUUUUGAAAACGUUGAAAACGUGUUUCAAGCAUGGACGGCGACGCCGGAGGAGCAUGCGAAGCUCGAUCUCACCAACAACAUCAUGGUCACGGAGCCACUCAAGAAGAUUGAUUUUACUGUCGACCGCAAGCCCAAAUCGCAACGCCGUCCCUUUGUUCGAGGAAGAGGAUCAACCAACGGACGAGGUGGAAGACGUGGAGGAGGCGGAGGUGGCGGAGGUUCAUCCGGUCUCGGUCGUGGAGGUAUGCCCAUGCCCACGCACAUGUCUGUCGUUCCCGUACCCAUGGAAGGCAUGGGCCCGGGUGGAUUCCCGACAAGCCCUCCCAUGUAUGGCACAGCUGGGAUGGGAUACGACCAGCAGGGCUAUGCGUGGAGUCCUCCUCCGAUGGGUAUGCACCCCCCUCAUCACCACUCAGCACCGCCACCUCAUCAUUGGAAUGUCAAUGGUGGCGCCCCAGUCGUGAGCAGCGGCUGGGUGUCCGGGGGGGCGCCAAUGUUCAAUGAUUACAACAAUAUGCAGUACCGGGGUCGUGGCAACAUGCGCGGCAACUACCCGGCCGGGGCAAUGCAACACAGGGGAGGCUAUAUGCCGAACUAG